AUGGCGUGUCGCGGCGGCUGCUGCUCCAGCGCGGGUCGCCUGAACGCGGACAACGCGCGGUUCCUCCUGCUGGCGGUGCUGAUCGUGCUGUACAUGCUGUGCGGCGCCGCCGUCUUCUCGGCCAUCGAGCUGCCCACGGAGCGGGAGGCCAAGGAGCGCUGGGAGGAGCGGCUGGAGAACUUCACCCGGCGCCACAACCUCAGCCGCGCCGAGCUCCGGCACUUCCUCCGGGAGUACGAGGAGGCCAGCGUGGCCGGCAUCCGCGUCGAUGACAUCCGGCCCCGAUGGGAUUUCACCGGCGCUUUCUACUUCGUGGGCACCGUCGUUUCCACUAUCGGGUUUGGCAUGACCACCCCAGCCACCGUUGGAGGCAAAAUUUUUCUGAUAUUUUAUGGCCUUAUAGGAUGUGCAGGGACCAUUUUGUUCUUUAACCUGUUCCUGGAACGCUUGAUCACUGUCAUAGCCUACAUCAUGAAGUCCUGCCACGAAAGACAGCUGAGGAGGAAAGGGGUCCUCCCUCACAACAGCCGGCGGGGCUCGGGGACCUCUGAGGUGGACAGCCUGGCGGGCUGGAAGCCCUCUGUGUACUAUGUCAUGCUGAUUUUAUGUGUAGCAUCACUCAUCAUUUCCUGCUGUGCCUCUGCAAUGUACACACCGAUUGAAGGGUGGAGUUACUUUGAUUCACUUUACUUCUGUUUCGUGGCCUUCAGCACCAUCGGUUUCGGUGAUCUGGUCAGUAGCCAGAACAUCAAGUAUGAGAGCCAAGGCCUUUACCGCUUUGGCAAUUUUGUCUUCAUACUCAUGGGUGUGUGCUGCAUCUAUUCCUUAUUUAAUGUGAUCUCUAUUGUCAUCAAACAAUCCAUAAACUGGAUAUUAAAGAAGCUGGAAUGCAGGUGCUGCCACAGAUGCCAAAGAAAAUUAUUCCGUUCACGGAGGAACGUAGUAAUGCCGGGAAAUGUGCGCAGCCGGAGAAACAUCUCCAUUGAGACUGAUGUUGUCAAUGAGAGUGACACAGAUGGACGGCGGCUGUCAGGCGAGAUGAUCUCCAUGAAAGACUUCCUGGCCUCCAAUAAAGUCUCACUGGCCAUCAUGCAGAAACAGCUGUCGGAAACUGCUAAUGGCUAUCCCAGGCAAAUGAGCUCUAAUUCAAAGCAAAAUGGAUUCUCUGGUGGGGUUGGAGCCCUAGCAAUUAUGAAUAACAGACUGGCAGAGACAAGUGUGGAUAGGUAA